UGAAUCUUCCUCAAGAGAUGGCAUUGAAUAAUUCUCCAUGACUAUUGAUUACUCGAAAUGGGAUAACAUGGACACGGAUUCAGAAUCAGAAAUUUCGCCUCCGUUAGUCCCUACGCCCCAAGCUCCUGCUCCAGCAGCCCCACAAUCAGGUGCAUCAGCUACAGCAGCGCCAGUCACAAGCAGUAGACCAGGAUCCAUCCAAGCCGUCAUCGUCAAUGCGAUGUUGAGAGAAUCAGAUUCGCACCUUGGUCCGUGACAAUGAUCCAGGUAGAUCAU